GACUCUCUAGCGAACGAUACACAACUAAUCCAAACACACUGUAUCCACUGCAACACAGACAGCUCACUCACUCCCACACACGGAGCAGCGGUCGUGCAGGAGCAUGCAGAAAUGGCUGACGGAGAGGGUUCCUGGGCGUGCAGGUUCUGAUGCUGACUGUGCCGUCACUGUGAAGUAAUACUGCAAGCAAAUAAAUCAAUGCCGGCAAGUGCAGCAAGGUGCAAGUAGGAGCAAUCAUGUCCAGAAGCAAGAGCUCUGAGUCUGUAAAAGUUGUGGUGCGGUGUCGCCCCAUGAAUGAAAAAGAGCAUGCUGCAAACUUUGAGAGGGUGGUCUCUAUGGAUGUAAAGUUAGGCCAGAUUGUAGUGCGCAAUCCAAGAAGUGGGUCCACUCAUGAACACCCCAAAGUUUUCACUUUUGACUCGGUCUACGACUGGAACUCGAAGCAGGUUGACCUCUAUGAUGAGACAUUCAGGCCACUGGUGGACUCAGUAUUGUUGGGCUUCAACGGCACCAUCUUUGCUUAUGGACAGACAGGUACAGGGAAGACGUACACAAUGGAAGGGGUACGCAAUGACCCAGAAAAAAGAGGCGUCAUUCCCAAUUCCUUCGAGCACAUUUUCACACAUAUCUCCCGAUCACAGAACCAGCAGUAUCUGGUCAGGGCAUCAUACCUGGAGAUCUACCAGGAGGAGAUCAGGGACCUGUUAGCCAAGGACCAGUCUCGUCGCCUGGAGCUGAAAGAGAGACCUGACACAGGUGUUUAUGUCAAAGACCUUUCUUCAUUUGUCACUAAAAGUGUCAGGGAGAUUGAGCAUGUUAUGAAUGUAGGGAACCAGAACCGUUCAGUUGGCUCAACCAACAUGAAUGAGCAUAGUUCCCGUUCCCAUGCCAUAUUUGUUAUCACUAUUGAGUGCAGUGAGUUGGGUCCAGAUGGAGAGAACCACAUCCGUGUUGGGAAACUCAAUUUGGUUGACCUGGCAGGAAGCGAAAGGCAGACAAAAACAGGUGCUCAAGGAGAACGACUAAAGGAGGCUACCAAAAUCAACCUCUCCCUGUCUGCUCUGGGUAAUGUAAUUUCUGCAUUAGUGGAUGGCAAAAGCACUCACAUUCCUUACCGAGAUUCUAAGCUCACACGUCUUCUCCAGGACUCGCUGGGAGGUAACGCCCGAACUGUCAUGGUGGCCAACAUUGGACCAGCCUCCUACAAUGUAGAGGAGACUCUUACUACGCUACGCUACUCGAACCGUGCCAAAAACAUCAAGAACAAACCCCGCAUCAACGAGGACCCCAAGGACGCCCUUCUACGGGAGUUUCAGGAGGAAAUUGCUCGUCUGAAGCAGCAGUUGGAGAAACGAUCAGGGAAAAAGAAGAAGAAAAGGCGGAAGAGGAGAGUUGGGGAGGGAGGAGAGGAACUGGAUGAUGAUGUGGAAGACGAAGAUGAUGAUGAUGAUGACGAUGACGAUGAUGAGGAAGGGGCGGAUGGGGAUAAGAACAUAGCUGAUUAUUGGCGGGAGCAGCAGGAGAACCUGGAGAAGGAGAAGAAAGCCAUUAUGGAGGACCACAGCCUGGUGGCAGAGGAGAAACAGCGACUGCUUUUGGAGAAGGAGAAGAAGAUGGACGAUCUCCGCCGGGAAAAGGAGGCAUCUGAAAUGCUGGCAGCCAAAGUCAAGGCUAUGGAGAGCAAGCUAUUGGUGGGAGGGAAGAACAUUGUUGACCACACUAAUGAGCAGCAGAGAAUUCUGGAGCAGAAAAGGCAGGAAAUUGCUGAACAGAAAAGGCGUGAACGGGAGAUGCAGCAAGAGGUGGAGUGUCGUGAUGAAGAAACUCUUGAGCUGAAGGAGACGUACAGCUCACUGCAACAGGAAGUUGACAUAAAAACCAAAAAACUGAAAAAGCUCUUUGCCAAGCUACAAGCAGUGAAGGCAGAGAUCCAUGAUGUCCAGGAGGAGCAUAUUAAAGAGAGACAAGAGCUGGAACAGACACAGAACGAAUUGACUAGAGAACUCAAACUAAAGCAUUUGAUCAUCGAGAACUUCAUUCCUUUGGAGGAGAAGAAUAAGAUCAUUUUGAGGGCCACCUUUGACGAGGAGGAUGACACCUGGAAAAUGAAACCCAUUACCCGUGUUCAAGAUGAUCAGCAGAUGAUGACAAGGCCAGUGUCUGCAGUGGGAUACAGGAGGCCGCUGAGUCAACAUGCACGCGUGGCCAUGAUGAUGCGCCCUGAUCCCAGAUAUAGGGCUGAGAAUAUCCUGAUGCUGGAGCUUGACUUGCCCACACGCACCACUAAAGAGUACGAGGAACCCAUGAUCGCGCCAAAGGUGGCUGCAGCUUUAGAAGAUGCACUGAGGGAGGAGGAUGACAUCCAAGUGGAUGCUUCAGCCUUGGGCCAUGGUGGAUUCAACAAGAAACCAAAAACAAGCCGUCCCAAAACAGGCAAGAAGGUGAGCACCCCCACGUCAGCCCACAGCCCUUCCAGCUCAGGAUCCCCACUGUACCCCCAGUCUCGUGGCCUUGUGCCCAAAUAACACCUCUAAAUUCUUAAUCCUUCUCCACAUCCUUUAGCCUUCUAAACAGACUUUGUGUUUUUGGCCAUGUUCUGGAACUUCAAACUGAUGGCUAUUGUUAAUAAAAUCUCCAGAUUACAAAAUGGUGUACUUAAAAUGUAUGCAUUAAUGCAGACCAAGAUACAACUUCCUCUCCUUACUGGGAGAAAAAAAAAAAACUUGAGCCUCCUUUUUUUUUUUUUUUUUUUUUUUUUUUUAAAACUUUCAGCAAACAUAAUUAGGACUACUUUAGAUGCUUGGGUUCUGCUGCUGACUGGUUUAAAACACUUAAAAGUGCAAUCACAAAUGGAAUUAAAAAAAAAAAAAAAGCUUUCCUGAAAAGGACGAGCGAGCAGGUUUUGUGACAUCGGUGUUCAGAGGUGUGUUGCUGUCUUAUUUAGAACAUCAAAACUGUUUUUAGUGUCUAGUCUUACUGAUAAUUGAGAGUAACAUCCUACAUCCUCUUCCUGUUCUUAUUGUGCAGUGGCACAGAGAAUUGGACCACAGUUGGCAAGAACUCCAUUGUAUGUACAGAUGUUAGGUUGAAUCUAGCUAGGUAUGUAUUUUUGUUUUAAAUUGUAGGUUUAACAAAUUGAAAGGCUCACUUGAGGAUUUCACUGGGUGGGAGCGAGCGUUCCAUCCGUUUGCCUCCAAAUAUGCGCUGUAGUGUUAUCUGCUGAGUGAGAAGAGCACACUACAUCCCAGGUCCAGUUUCCAGCAGUACCUGCAUCCUUCCUCCCAUUCCUUUUAGCACUAGGAACCAAGGAUGUGAGGAGAGGAGGGGUCAGGGAGUGAGUCUGGAUUGGAUUAAUGUUUAAUUAGAGCUGUAAUGCUGUUCUAUUCGGGUCACCCAAGUUGGAAGGAUUGGAGUGGGGAACUUAACAGGUCAACACACACUGAAUAAUCAGGGUUCCAAGGUGCCUUACCUUCCCUUUUUACACAGAAGAAGAAGAGACUUUUGGUCUUCCUUUUGGUCAGAGUGUCCCUUGGAAUAAACAGAUUGUUUUAAAUUAAAAUCUAAAUUCAAGUGCUAGUGCAGUUAAGCCACAAAGGAGUACAAGUUUGGACCAUCACAGUUGUUUUGGAAUAUCACUGUGCUUUUCCUUUCAGAGCAUCUGUAGAUGGUGAGUUUCCGGUUACUUCAUUUUGUCCUAUAAGAUCCCCUGUUUAUAGAACAUUUAAAACAAAGAACACAUUUCUCUGCUUUUUCAGCAUCCAUAUAGCACUCUCAGUAUAAAUAUAUGAUGUCAGAAGAAUUUAAAAAAAAAUAAUUUUGUUUUUGUAACACUAAUAAACUGCAAUAUGCUCCUUACCCCACCCUCUGCCUUACCAAUAAGGGUGACACCAUUGCUUGCUGCUACUGUAGGGUUUAAUUAAACCCAUGUAUACAGUGUGUGUGUAUGUGUGUAUAUAUGUAGAAAUGGCAGUACAUAAUUCUCUUCUAUACUGUUGAAAUGGCAAAAAAAAUUAAUAGUCAUAUAGCAACAUUUAAAAUGCUAACUUAUCAUACUGAACCUGUCUGUUUUAUAUUCAUGCAGCUAUAGGUACCUUUUGUGUUUGGCAUAGAAUGUAUUGUUCUUUUUAUUUGUAUUAUUUGUAUUAUUUAAUGUUGUGUACAAAUAUAUUUUUGCAUUAAUGAUUUUUAAGAGACUAUUUCAUGUUGUCUUGUUCCUGUGAUGACUUCAGAAUUAAUUUCAAAACCUAAGGCAUCUUAACUUGUUGCAAUGUUUAGCUUCUUCUCAAUGCUGUUUUGUGUUGUUACAAUGAUUUAAAAUAAUAAACAAGACAGCCAUUUUGUUAAACUAUGUAGGAAAUAAAACUGUUUUUUU